CCGACCACCUUGGGUCAGGCUCGUGACAGCUGAGCGGUGCUCCGAGACGAAAGGGCUGUAGGCGAUGGGAGGCCGCACGCAGCUCUAUCUGCUGCUGUGGAAGAAUUUCGCCCUUCGCAAACGCCAGAAGGUGCGGGUCUUCGUGGAGUUGCUGUGGCCCCUGUUCCUCUUCCUCAUCCUCGUGUGGGUCCGGACAACGACGCCUCCAAGCGCCAACGGGGAAUGUCACUACCGCGUGCGGGCGCUGCCAUCAGCGGGGCUGUUGCCGUGGCUACAGGGGACAAUGUGCGAGCUGGGCACCACGUGCGUGACCAGCCACACGCAUGCCGAGGCCCCCGGGGAGGUCAACAACUACAGAGACUCGCUGCUGUCCCGGGUGCUGGUGGACACGCAGGGCUUGCUGAUGAACGACUCAUUCUGGCGCAGCCUUGAGACCGUGUGGGUGAGCAGAACAUCAGCCAUGGGGCUCGCCAACGUCAUCCUGACCGACCCAAGGGCUUGGACCGGUAACAUCGUGCUACAGAAUGUGCUGGUGGACAGCUCCCCGCUACAAGCCUACAUGAAGCGAAACCUGUCCUUUCCGGACUGGGCCGUGUCGGACCUGAUGGCCGUGCAGAUCCGACCCCAACCGUUCCUGGCUCUGUCGCUGGCGCAACGGCUGAGUCCGCGCGCGCUCGCGUGCAACACCUCCCUGCAGAGCCUGGUGCUGGUCAUCGGCUCGAGCAACCGGAGCUCGCUCGUCAAUCUCACAUGCUCGCUUUCCGAUGAGCAGCUCCAGGGAUUCGCGGCCGCCGCGGCCUUAAGCGUCAACGCGAGUCGCCUCUCCACGCAGGUGAUGAUGUCGCUGAACAGGACGGUGAGUGGGCAGCUCCUGGGCCUCGUGGGUACCCUGGGCCCGAGUCUCGGCAUUCUUCAGCAGCAGGUGAUGGGUCUUGACAGUUUGAAGACUGUCAUGGGCGGACUGGGCGGCUCUACUGGCUUCUCGCUGUCACAGCUGAUGUGCGGCAGCAGUGGGGGGCUCAGCUUCCUGGACAACUUGGGGUCCUCAAACACCUCCAGCUCGGGAACAUCCGGAGGAACAACCACCACAACCACCAAGAGCCAGAACUCGAGCUCCACAGCCAGCGCCGGCAACUCGUUGUGCGCCAACCUCAUCAGCAUGGCCGAGUCGUCGGCGGCCACCAAGAUAUUGUGGAAGAUGUUCAAGCCCUUCCUGCUUGGCAAGAUCCCCUACACGCCAGACACCCCUGCCGUGCGUGCCAUCCUCCAGCAGGCGAAUACGACAUUCGAGGCUCUCGCCAUGCUGGGGAGACUGGGCGUCGCCUGGGACACGGUGUCGCCUGCCCUCUACAACUUCUUCAGCAACAGCUCCGAGCUGCAACUGCUUCGGGGUGCCCUGGCCUCGCCGAUGGUGGCCAGCAUGCUGGACCCCGCACUGAGCGGCUCCGGCUUCACGGCCGCCGGCCUCUCCACUUUCUUAUCGGGCGGCAACGGGACAACGUGGAGGAGCAUCAUGGGCAGCAUGGGCAGCGUCCUGCACACGGUGUCCAGCUACGUGCAGUGCCUGGAGCUGAACAAGUUUGAGGGCCAAGCGAACGAGGGCAGCCUCGUGAACCGCUCGCUGGAGCUGCUGGGCAGCAGCCAGCUGUGGGCCGCUCUCGUCUUUCCCGAGCUGGGCCCCGCCGACCCCGUGCCACGCCACCUCAAGUACAAGAUCCGCAUGGACAUCGACUCGGUGGAGGUCACCAACAGGGUCAAAGACAGGGUGUACAGCCCGGGACCACGCAACGAGUCGCGCUACCUCAAGUUCGGCUUCGCGUUCGUGCAGGACAUGGUGGAGCGGGCAGCGGCGCGCCUCUUCGCCGGCGGGCAGCCUGCCACCGGCAUCUUCCUGCAGCAGAUGCCCUACCCCUGCUACGUGCAGGACUCGUUCCUGCAGAUGAUGACGAGCUCGCUGCCGCUCUUCAUGACGCUGGCGUGGAUCUACUCGGUGGCCAUGAUCCUCAAGGGCGUGGUGCACGAGAAGGAGGCGCGGCUCAAGGAGACGAUGCGCAUGAUGGGCCUCACCAACGGGCUGCACUGGCUCGGCUGGUUCAUCUCCUGCUUCAUUCCGUUCAUCGUCAGCGCCAUCUGCCUCAUACUCAUCCUCAAGUUUGGGAACGUGUUCCCCAACAGCAGCUUCCUCAUCCUGCUGCUCUACUUCCUGGCGUUCACCGUGGCGACCAUCAUGCAGUGCUUCCUGGUCAGCACGUUCUUCGCGCGAGCGAACCUGGCGGCGGCCUGCGGGGGCAUCCUCUACUUCCUGCUCUACCUCCCCUACGUGCUGUGCAACGUCUGGCAAGACCGACUCACCUUCCCCAUGAAGAUACUCGCCAGCCUCUUGUCCACAGUGUCGUUCGGCUUCGGCUCCGAGUACAUCUCCCAGUACGAGCAGCUCGGCGUGGGCUCGCAGCCCAGCAACCUGCGCGUCAGCACCGUGGACGGAGACCGCUACUCGCUCGUCACCUCCAUCAUCAUGAUGUUCUUGGACGCGCUCCUCUACGGCGUGCUCACGUGGUACAUCGAGAACGUCUUCCCAGGCCAGUACGGUGUGCCACGGCGCUGGUACUUCCCCUUCACCAGGUCCUACUGGUGUGGGGCUUCAUCGCACGACGGUCAGACGCUGCCUCACUCCUACAAGCCCCCGAGCUCCGGCGACAAGCAGAUCCUGGAGGAGGAGCCGGGCAAGUUGCCCGUGGGCGUCUCCAUCCAGGGCCUGGUGAAGGUUUACGACGAGGGCAAGAAGCUCGCCGUCGACGGCCUCACCCUCAACUUCUACCAGGGCCAGAUCACCUCCUUCCUGGGACACAACGGGGCCGGCAAGACCACCACCAUGUCCAUCCUGACGGGGCUGUUCCCUCCCACGUCCGGCACGGCGUACAUGUGCGGAAAGGACAUCCGCACCGACAUGGACUCGAUCCGCAAGAGCCUGGGGAUGUGUCCGCAGCACAACGUUCUGUUUGAGAACCUCACGGUGGAGGAGCACAUCUGGUUCUACGCGCGCAUGAAGGGCUGCUCGGAGGAACAGGUGAAGCAGGAGAUGCCGCAGAUGAUCCUGGACGUGGGGCUUCCGCACAAGAAGGACGAGCUCUCCAAGAACCUCUCCGGCGGCAUGCAGAGGAAGCUCUCCGUCGCCAUCGCGUUCGUGGGCGGCUCGCAGAUCGUCAUCCUGGACGAGCCCACGGCCGGCGUCGACCCCUACGCCCGCCGCGGCAUCUGGAACCUCUUGCUCAAGUACCGGCACGGCCGCACCAUCAUCCUGUCCACGCACCACAUGGACGAGGCGGACCUCCUGGGCGACCGCGUCGCCAUCAUCUCCCACGGCCGCCUGCGCUGCUGCGGCUCGUCGCUCUUCCUGAAGAACGCCUUCGGCGCCGGCUACUACCUCACCAUGGUGAAGAGCGAGCCGGGCUCACGACGACCCUCCGCGGGGGCUGCCCAUCUCUACAAAAACCUCGAGCAGACGGACGGUCAGUCGCAGAGCUCGGACGAAGGACUGGGCAGCGAGUCGGGAAGCCAGGAGGACAUUGCCGACGUGAGCGCGGUGACGCGGCUGCUGCAGCAGCACGUGCCGGACGCCCGGCUCGUGGAGAACUUUGGGCAGGAGCUGACCUACGUGCUGCCCUACCACGGCGCCAAGGACGGCGCCUUCGCGCUGCUCUUCAAGGAACUCGACGAGAAGCUGGCGGAGCUCGGCGUCUCGAGCUACGGCGUCUCGGACACCACGCUCGAGGAGAUCUUCCUGAAAGUUGCUGAAGAGACUGGAGUGGACACAGAAAUUAUCGAACCGUUGGUGGUGCCGCCGCCGAAGGAGGUGUCGCGGUCGCCCGAGGAUUCCAACUGGGAACGUCGCUCCCUGCGCCGGAAGUCCAGCGGCCGGGCGGAACGAGCUCUGAAGAAGACUCCGGAAGGAGAGAAGAAACCGGCGUUUCGUACAAGAGUGAAACCCACCGGUGACGCCGUGGACAACGGGCGAGGAUCCUGCCAGGUGACGGGACAGGCGUUCCUGCGGCAGCAGUUCCGAGCGCUCUUCAUCAAACGCUUCCACUUCGCCAGGCGCAGCCGCAAGGGCUUCGUGGCUCAGAUCGUUUUGCCGGCGGCCUUCGUGUGCCUCGCGCUCAUCUUCAGCAGCGUCGUGCCUCCGUUUGCGGAGUACCCCAGCCUGGAGCUGCACCAGUGGCUCUACGGCGCACAGUUCACCUUCGUCAGCAACGAUGCCCCCGGCGAGAGCCACGUGAACGCCCUGGCACGCUCCCUGACGGAGUCUCCCGGGUUCGGCACCCGCUGCAUGAACACCAACCCCAUCCCCUCGUACCCAUGCCCAGGGGGCGGGAGCCCGGACUGGACUCAGCCGGCCAUGAGCGCCGAGGCCUCCAGCGUCCUGCAGAGCGGCAACUGGAGCAUGGGCAACCCGUCGCCCGCGUGCCAGUGCAGCACCCAGAAGCACCGCGUCAUGUUCCCCGAGUGCCCCGAGGGGGCGGGUGGCGCCCCCCCCAUGCAGAGACUGCAAAACAACACGGACACCCUGCAGAACCUGACGGCAGUCAACAUCACUGACCACAUCCUGAAAACGCUGCCGAAAUACUACAAAACCAGACACGGCGGGAUUUCCGUCGGAGACAAGAACAGCGUCGUUCGGAUGACGGCCGCCGACCAGUCGCUCCUCCUCGCACGCUUCGGCAAGAUGUUCAACUUGAGCGUGCCGACCAUGGGCUCGUCAGGAGUGACAAUCGAAGACUUCAUUGGGACACGAAACAACCUGAAGGUCUGGUUCAACAGCAAGGCCUUCCACGCCCCUGGAGCCUUCACGAGCGUCGCGAGCAACGCCGUGCUGCGCGCGGGCCUUCCCGCGGGGGCCGACCCCUCGGACUACGGCAUCACGGCCUUCAACCACCCGCUGAACCUCACCAAGGAGCAGCUCACGGACGUCAUCGCGAGGUCGUCGGGGAUCGACGUGGUGGUGGCCAUCUGCGUGAUCUUCGCCAUGUCCUUCGUGCCGGCGAGCUUCGUGCUCUUCCUCAUCCAGGAGCGCGUGAGCAAGGCCAAGCACCUGCAGUUCGUGAGCGGAGUCAACCCGGCCGUCUACUGGAUCUGCAACUUCGUCUGGGAUAUGUGCAACUACGCGGUCCCCACCGUCAUCGUCAUCGUCAUAUUCCUCUGCUUCCAAAAGCAAGCGUACGUGUCCACGGCGAACCUUCCCGUGCUCAUCCUGCUGCUGUUCCUCUACGGGUGGUCGAUCACCCCGCUGAUGUACCCGGCGUCGUUCAUCUUCUCGGUGCCCAGCACGGCGUACGUGGUGCUCACCUGCAUCAACCUCUUCAUCGGCAUCAACGGCAGCGUCGCCACCUUCGUCCUGGAGCUCAUCAAAGACCAGCCGGACCUGCAGAAGGCGAACGACAUCCUCCGCGUGGUGCUGCUCAUCUUCCCGCACUUCUGCCUCGGCCGUGGCCUCAUGGACCUCGCCAAGAACCAGCAGCUGGCUGACAUCGGCGCGCGCUUCGGCCAGAACUCGUUCAAGAACCCCUUUGAUUGGGACGUGGUCGGGAAGAACCUCUUCGCCAUGGCCGUGGAGGGAGUCGUCUUCUUCACGCUCACACUGCUCAUCCAAUACCGCUUCUUCGUCAAGCCCAGGCCGGUGAAGAUGGAGCUACCUGCCACGAAGGACGAGGACGAGGACGUGGCUCGCGAGCGGCAGCGCAUCGCGUCCGGCGGCGGCCUCACCGACUCGCUCCGCAUCGUUGAGCUCGUCAAGAUCUACCGCGGGAAGAAGAAGGCUGCGGUGGACCGCGUCUCCGUGGGCAUCCCGCCGGGAGAGUGCUUCGGCCUGCUGGGCGUGAACGGCGCGGGAAAGACGACGAUGUUCAAGAUGCUGACGGGCGACACGGACGUCACGAGCGGCGAGGCCUUCCUCACGGAAUACAGCAUCCUGACCAACAUGCGGGAGGUGCACCAGAACAUGGGCUACUGCCCGCAGUUCGACGCCAUCAACGACCUCAUCACGGGGCGGGAGCACCUGGAGUUCUACGCUCGCCUGCGCGGGGUCCCCGAGAAGGAGGUGGCCACGGUGGCCGAGUGGGGGAUCCGCAAGCUGGGCCUGAUCCGCUACGCGGACCGCUCGGCCGGCAGCUACAGCGGUGGCAACAAGCGCAAGCUCUCCACGGCCAUGGCGCUCAUCGGCUGCCCUCCCGUCGUCUUCCUGGACGAGCCGACCACUGGGAUGGACCCGAAGGCGCGGCGCUUCCUGUGGGACUGCAUCCUCAGCGUCAUCAAGGAGGGGCGGUGCGUGCUGCUCACCUCGCACAGCAUGGAGGAGUGUGAGGCGUUGUGUACUCGCAUGUCCAUCAUGGUGAACGGCAGAUUCCAGUGCCUGGGCAGCGUGCAGCAUCUCAAGAACAAGUUUGGCGACGGCUACACGGUGACGCUGCGCGUGGCCGGCUCCCCGCCGGUGCUGCCGCCCGUCGAGGAGUUCAUCGACUCGGCGUUCCCCGGCAGCCUCCUCAAGGAGCGCCACCACAACAUGCUGCAGUACCAGCUGCCCUCCGCCGAGUCCUCACUCGCCAAGAUCUUCAACCUGCUGGCGCUGCACAAGGAGGAGCUCAACGUGGAGGACUACUCCGUCUCACAGACCACGCUCGACGAGGUGUUCGUGAGCUUCGCCAAGCACCAGCACGACGGGGAGGAGUGGGAGUCCCUGAUGAACCAAGCGACGAUGCAGCAGCAGCAGAAGGACACGGAGCUGUGAAGGCGCGCGACCCUUCCCGAAGGCUCACCCGCGAGUCGACCACGGUUUUAUUUUUUUCCCCUGAUGCUCGAACCGUGGGUCACCCACGGCAGUCAGAACUUCUUACGGCCAUUCACCACCGGUUCGAAGGCAUCGCUGGGAGAGGCAUUCCUACAUGUUCGGUGUGAGGUGCGGGUAUAGAGUUCCACGGUGGCGAGAUGUUAACUCCCUUGCCUGGUAUACAGGAGUUCGUGGGUUUGAUCUCGACCCUGACGCCUGUAUAUUUGGAGUUUGCAUGUUCCCUGCCUCUCUCUUUUCCCGUAGUCGCAUGGACUUUUCUUCGGGUUCCUCCGGUUUUUCCCUCCACAUUUUCAACUCAACACCAUGCGUUUUAGAGUGUUUGGCUGCUGUCAACUUAAUCGCGCUAAUAAGCCACUUUAUUAAGCUAUCAUUUGUGGCACUUCUGAAAAGAAGGCUAAAUAGCUCAGUGGGCCUUACCUGGUCAGAUAAAAAAAAUAGUUGAGUUCAUUCGGGUCUGUUUGGGUUGGCGAGCCAGAGGAUAUUACUUACAGCCUGCACACCACAUCCAGUAUACGUCUCACUAUCGCUGCAGCUACAGUGCGCGUGCUUACACCAGUCUACCAAGUGACCCAGAGUGUAGUCGGUGAUAAGUGAAAAGCUUCGCUCCCGAGACAUCUAGAGUUGGCUUCCAGCUUGUCCGAGAUGGACACCGUCCAUACGAUUGUGGAAUCUCCAGGCUGGGCUCGGGGUUUCAAACAGGAAACUGCGAACUCGCCGACUUGAGCGCUAAAACAACGUGGAUCCCGAAACUUGCCGCUCCAAUUGGUGAAAGUUGACACUGCAGAGCCAGAGGCCUCCACGCGCACGGGAAAGAGACAAGUCGACACGCGUGGGAAGGACACGGCGAUUCCCGCUCACGGCCAACACCGGUGACGAUUAUCUGAAGCGGUCCUGGUCCUCCUCCCCUAGGUCGACUCAGCCUCAAACGAGUACCUGGCGCGUUGUGUAAAUAUCGCCAUGAGGGAGACAAAGGCGGCCAGGCGUGGUGCUGGACACCCACCCCCUCGUGUGCCACAGUGCCGGCCUUCAUAGGUGCUCGCUAACAGCACUUGCCCCAACAGUCCAUUGAGGCUACCUGGUGGGGGGGGGGGAGGCCUUUGUCGCACUUUAGAAAUACGGCCUCAGUGUGCUGGAGAUGUUGUUGCGUGGAGCAUUAUAGGCACUCGGUGAGAUUAAUUUUAUUGUUAUUGCUCGUGUAGACUUACAUGGACUUUCGGUUUAAAAAUAUAUAUAUUGUUUAUGCUACAAAGUAAUGGGCUCUGUUCCUCCGCAAACGGCUGAGAAAUUUUUAAAUGAGCCUCGUCGUAACAUAUAUCGGAUAAACAACCAACAUCCACCCAAUCCCCAAUUUCGUUGCUAUGUAAUCACUGGGCAGUGCCGCUUUGUCAGAAGGGCUGCGUCCUGAAAAGUACGAAAAAAAAAUCCGAGAUUUUCUUUGCGGUUUCAAAUUGUCUGUGGGGGGGGGGUUCACGCUCGGCUCGCGAUAGAUAACAAAGUCGCGUGGUCACCAGAGGAGCGGUAGAUUGGGUGGCCGUGGCGAUGUACAAGCUGGCGGGGCUACCACCUCGCCGUGUGUCCCGGUUGAGCCUCCCAGGAAUGUGGUACACUGUGAAACUACUGGCUAUCUGUGAAACUACUGGCCAUCUGUGAAACAAGAGCUUUGCAUUUCGAUUUAAAGCUUUCGUGACUGCAGGGAUUCAUCUUCUUGUUUCUUUCGGUAAAGUCACGUAGAAGGGAAGUAAUAAAAUAAUAAAAAUAAAACAUAAUAAUUUUAUUGUUUUAUUUUUAUUCUUUUAUUACUUUCCUUCUACGUGACUUUACCGAAAGAACCAAGAAGAAGAGCUUUGCAGCUAAAUCGGAUUCCUCCGGUAUAAAUAAAAUAUUCUGAUUCUGGGAUCCUCACGUUGUUCACCACGACCUUCUUGCAUCAGAAACACAGCCCGUGUGCGAUUGUGCAGUGGAAGAAAUACAAAAUCCUCUUCCAGUGGAAUUGUUUUCUGUCACCGGGCAACUUUAAUUAGGUGUUGCCUUUAGGCAGCGCGAGACAUCAGAAGAAAGAAAACGCCGACUUAAAGAAUGUUCCCAAAGCGUCAUCAUUUUGCACUUUCAGAUAUCGUACACGUAUAUAUUGGAAUUUAUUAUAUAAAAUACUGUUAUUAUAAACGUAACUGAUAUAUAUAUUCUACAGAGCAUCCGUGCGUUGCGUUGUUAUUUUUUUUAUGGUAAAUUAUUAAUCUCUUGGGUAUUUGACCGUUGAAAAUCUUGUGAAAUGUGUGAAAGGAUUUUGAGUCCCACGUAGGCUUUUGCCCAAUGGCUCGGGUUAUAACUUGCGCCUUGGCUCAGUGGGCCUUACCUGGUCAAAUAAAAAGUUUUUAAAGUUAGUUUCAACUUUGCCACAAAUCCAUCGCAUCAGAGUGCAGCCCAGUAAUAUAACGCCGACCACAUACAGCCCAGCUCUCUAUCCACUGCUGGAUGACAGCCUCCCAACGCCAAGGGCGGGUUUCUUGGGGGCUCUUUGACCACACUUCACCACGCUGGUCGCUGCAGGUUGCUGAAGGCCCGGGGAGCAUAGACGUUGGCAACGUAGGCAUACAGUACAACAAUGGAUUGUGCUGCACUGCCCUCUGUUGCCCACGGUGUAACCCCGCAGCAGCCUAUAGCACCUGUGCUGUGUGGCGGUGCUGGUCGCAUAUCGAAUUCGCGAUCGAACAAUGAUUCGUCCGUCUUCUUGGUUCUUUCGGUAAAGUCACGUAGAAUGGAAAUAAUAAAAUAAUAAACAGGUCCCUGCGGGGUGGGCUGGUAGGAACGAACAAAUGAAUGGCUAUAAUAAAAUGAAAUGGCGGGGGUACGAUACGAAGGGAGAGUUUGAUGCCUAGUUCUAGGCUUUAGGCCUAGCUGUAGGCUUUAGGCCGCUGUGAGUUAAUUUUUAAUUCCAAUGUUUUAAUUAAAAACUAUCUCAGGGAAUUAUAAGGGAAUGUUACACUUGUUUAGCCAGGAAAGCCUCACUGAGUCUAAAGGUUUUUGUAGGGUCCUGCCAAGUGUUUGCAGUAGGGGGCGAUGUUGCUACACCUAAUUGUAGGCUGGUUCACUUCGUUCCUACCAGUAAAAUAAAACAUAAUAAAAUAAUUCUCACGACGUUUCGGCCACAACGCAAGCAGCCGUCCUCAGGUGGAGAACAGGUCUGUCGAGAAGACAGAGUCUGAAUGACACACCCCAGGCUUGGAACGUCUAUUUAAGCUGGGACGGAGGGGGGAAGAGCGCCUUGACAAAAUAAUUUUCAUAUCAAGAGGAAUUUAGCAAAUCGAAAUUUAAUGAUUCGUCCGUUUCGCGAAGCUGCAAAUUGUUUUAACAACAAUGACGACAAGAAUCGCAUUUAUGAAGCGCCUCUCAUGGAGGACCUUUAAAGCGCUGUUACAAGACACGGCGGCAAAUAUUCAGCGUACAAAUAACUCGUGAAACAAAAAAGUAAAUAGAUGUUCAUAUUAACGGCUACUAUUUGAUGAGAUGUGGUGCAUCCUGGGUGAUUUGGUUAUAGGAGUAUCUCUGAAUCGUAUUCUUAGGUUUUUUUCGGUAAAGUCACGUAGGUAAAAAAUUUAUAAAAGUAAAAUAAAAUAAAAAUCACGACGUUUCGGAGGCAACACAAGCUUCCGUCUAUAGGUGAAACGUCGUGAUUUUUAUUUUAUUUAACUUUUAUUAAUUUUAAUUUUUUACCUACGUGGCUUUACCGAAACAAACUAAGAAUAUGAAUCCUUGCAAGUCACGAAAGCUUCAAAUCUAUAAUCUCUGAAUCGCAUUACAUAUCGCUGCGGUUGACACAAAAGUGUGAGCUCUUGGUGGUUCCACUUUUAGAAUCAACAGCUGAUGGUGCUGCAAUGUGGCGUUUGUGCAUUAUCCGUGUCUAAAUAAUAAAUAUAUGUUGUGUAAAACUUUGCGUGACGCCGUCGUCAUCGUCGUGAGCCAUGUUCCAUCCACUGCUGGAUGAAGGCCUCUCCCUGCCAUCGGUCUUGCCAUG